AUGGAUCGCGUCAGGAGCCUCUUUGCUCGUAACAAGCCGGCUCGUAACGAGGCCGAGUAUGAACCACUUACCGAGCGUGGCCUGGACCACGGGUCCGAUGCGGAAACCCUUUUGGUGCCCGAAGACAGCGGCGAGGUUCCGUUUUCUUGGGUAGAAUAUUUCAUCUUUGCCAUGGUCGGCGUCGCCAUGUUAUGGGCUUGGAACAUGUUCAUGGCCGCGGCCCCGUACUUCCAAAUGCGCUUCCGCGACGAUGCCUGGGUGCUCGACAACUUUCAGUCUGCCAUUCUCUCCACCUCAACCUUCACCAACUUGGCAGUCAUGCUCGUCCUCACCGGAAUGCAAAGGUCCGCGUCGUACCCGCUGCGGAUCAACACGGCACUUAUAAUCAACAUAUGCACCUUUGCACUCCUCACCAUAUCGACCGUGUACUUCCUGAAUGUUUCGCCCGGGAUUUACUUGGCAUUCGUCCUUGUGACUGUUGCCCUGUCCGCCUGGGCCACUGGCUUGAUGCAGAAUGGCGCCUUCGCCUUUGCGGCUAGCUUUGGAAGACCCGAAUAUACGCAGGCCAUCAUGGCUGGGCAGGGUGUUGCUGGUGUACUCCCUCCAAUAGCACAGAUGGUUUCUGUGCUUGCAUUCUCCGCGCCUGUUGACGACCAGCAGCAGCAGAGCAGUCAAUCAGGGGCCGGAAACGCAGCCUUCAUAUACUUCCUGACGGCAGUGGUCGUGUCUGCGACUGCCCUGGUUUCUUUCAUCCCUCUGGUCCGGCGACACAAUGCGCUCGUCGAGAUGCGCCUGGCGGAUCAGAUGGCUGCGUCGCAUGCCUCCAUCGAGGAGGCGGAACGCGCUGCGCGCAGGGUUGUUGGGCCCGUGACGCUAUUCCGAAAGCUGCAUUUUGUCGCAGGCGCCGUCUUCGUCUGCUUCGCGCUAACAAUGUUCUUUCCCGUCUUCACGGCCAAGAUCGUUUCCGUACGGACGGGCCGAGACGUCAGCCCAAUCUUCCAACCGCAGGCCUUCAUACCGCUUGCCUUCUUCUUUUGGAACCUGGGUGAUCUCGCCGGCCGUGUGGCCACCAUCUUACCUUUCUCGUUGCGCCACCGACCUGCCGCGCUCUUCGGGCUGGCUGUGGCUCGCGUCCUGUUCCUGCCGCUGUACCUGCUCUGCAACGUCGGUGGCCGGGGCGCGGCCGUAAACAGUGAUCUCUUCUAUUUGCUGCUCGUGCAGCUGCCGUUCGGGCUGACCAGCGGCUGGCUGGGUAGCAGCGCUAUGAUGGCGGCGGCGGAGUGGGUCGACGAGCCUGAGCGUGAGGCUGCGGGCGGUUUCAUGUCGCUGUCUCUGGUCGCUGGCUUGACGGUGGGGAGUUUACUGAGUUUUACUGCUUCUGGGAUAUAA